AUGGAGAUGGUGUGUCUGUACGUGGUGUUGAUCCCCGUGCAGCAUGUCCUUGCUGUGACCUGGCUGUACCUGGCCAAGCAGCCUUCCCUGCGGGCGGUCCUCCGGAACCCCGGGGGCUGCGAGGGUCUGACGGGGCUGGUAGAAGAGCAGGUCCGCAUUUGCCGGCGGCAGGUGGAAGCCAUGGAUGCAGUGAAGCGAGGCACGGAGCUGGCUGUCGAGGAGUGCCAGCACCAGUUUCACUCUCGCCGGUGGAACUGCUCCACCCUGCAAGGGCUGCAGGUCUUCAGCAAGGUCACCAUCCAAGGCACGCGGGAGUCUGCUUUCAUCCAUGCCAUCUCCGCUGCCGGUGUUGCCUUUGCUGUGACUCGUGCCUACAGCUGUGGGGAGCUGGAGAAGUGUGGCUGCGACCGCAAGAUCCAAGGGCUGAGCCCCGAAGGCUUUCAAUGGUCCGGCUGCUCUGAUAACCUGUCUUACGGAAUUGCCUUUUCUCAAGCCUUCGUAGACAACCCCGAGAGGAGCUGCAGCGUCUUCUCCAGCUGAGCGCUGAUGAACCUGCACAACAAUGAGGCUGGGAGGAAGGCUCUCCUGGCCCGCAUGAAGGUGGAGUGCAAGUGCCACAGUGUGUUGGGCUCCUGCGAGGUGUGCAUGUGCUGGAAGGUCAUGCCUCCCUUCCGCAAGGUGGGCAACGUCCUCAAGGAAAAGUUCGAGGGGGCGAUGGAGGUUCACCCCACGUGGGUCGGUUCCCACAAGUUCCUGGUCCCCAAGAGUUCUCACUUCAAGCCCUACACAGCUCAUGACCUGGUCUACUUGUUGGCCAGCCCAGACUUCUGCAACCGGGACCCCCGGCACCGGGUCUUCGGCAUGUCCGGCCGCCAGUGCUGA